AUGCCCAUGCUUGGUCCUCUUGAUAUAACCUGUGCCUUAGUAACCUUGAACCACCAGACACCUAUGGGAUCCACUUCCGGAUUCCACUGGAUCCCACCCACCCAAGGAAUGCACUGUGUGCUGAACCUGCCCCUAGGAGCUGUGAUUCUCCCUGAAGGAAGUGGCAGAGAGCUCCCAGAUCAGCUUCCCCCGGUCAGCGAACUCAUCUCUGGUGGCUUUGAUUGCUUUCCACACUCGCAGCCCUGGCAGGCAGCACUGUUCUACAACAAUGAUGGAUACUGCUCAGGAGCUCUGGUGCAUCCCCAGUGGGUGCUGACAGCUGCGCACUGUUGGAGGCCAUCCUACACCAUUGGGCUGGGCCUGCAUAGACGUGACCCACCAUAUGAACCAGGCAGUCUGAUGUUGGAGGCCAACAUAUCCGUGCCACACCCAAAAUUCUAUAGCCAUUGGAAUGGCAGUGACCUCAUGCUCAUUAAGUUGAGUAAGCCAGUUGUGGAAACAAGCACCAUCCGCAUCAUCUCCGUCUCCUCCCAAUGUCCCAAACCUGGAACCAGGUGCUGGAUCUCUGGCUGGGGUCGGCUAUUGGAUGGCCAACACCCAGAUGUUCUUCAGUGUACACUUAUUCCAGUGGUGUCAAAGGAAUCCUGCAUAAAACUGUACCAGGAUUCCUACGACCACACUAUGUUCUGUGCUGGUGGUGAGAGCAUCAAGGAUUCUUGCCAGGGAGACUCUGGAAGUCCCUUGGUCUGCCGUGGGUUUCUGCAGGGCCUUGUGUCCUGGGGACUCCCUCCCUGUGGGCGACCUGGAUUUACAGGCAUCUACACGAACCUCUGCAAAUUCAAAUGGUGGAUAGAAAAAACUAUCCAGAGCAGGGUAAUUAGGGACAAGUACAUUGGUAUCCCUACCAUGUAUCAGGUGUCUCCAGAACACAAGGAUGUCAAAACAUCUUAA